UUUGGUUCGAAUGCAUUGGGAAAGUAUGAGAGCGACUUUGCAUCUCGAGGACGGGUCCACUUUUGUGGGCUCCAUUUAUGGAGCAACCAAAAGUGUAGUUGGAGAAAUUGUUUUUCAAACCGGAAUGGUUGGUUAUGUGGAAUCUCUUACCGAUCCAUCAUACGCCAAGCAGCUUCUCACACUUACAUAUCCACUUAUUGGAAAUUACGGAGUUCCAUCUGCAGAGAUUCUGGAUCAGUUCAAGCUACCAGCUGAAUUUGAGUCUGACAGGAUCUGGCCAGCAGCUCUCAUUGUUGAGAAAAUUUGUGUCGAUGGAGAACACAGUCAUUGGCAAGCAGUUCAGUCGUUAUCAGAAUGGCUCAGAAAAGCUGAUGUUCCAUGUCUUUCCGGAAUUGAUGUUCGCCAAUUGGUGAAGAAAAUCAGAGAGACUGGAACAAUGAAGGCGAAGCUUGUGAUCGAAUCAGACAAUGCACAAAACUUCGACUACGUUGACGUCAAUGCUGAAAAUUUGGUUGACUUCGUGUCGAGAAAAGAGCCAGUUGUCUAUGGAUCCGGUGAUCAAACCAUUCUCGCAGUUGAUUGUGGUCUCAAGAAUAAUCAAAUUAGAUGUCUCGCAAAACGAGGAUUUCGUGUCAAAGUGGUUCCUUGGAAUCAUCCAAUUGAUACUGAAAGUGAUUAUGAUGGACUUUUCCUUUCCAACGGACCAGGAGAUCCAGAAAUUUGUGCACCACUGGUCGAUCGAUUAGCCAAAGUUAUUGCAAGAGGAGACAAACCAAUUUUUGGAAUUUGUCUCGGACACCAAAUUUUGUCUAGAGCUAUCGGAGCGAAAACCUACAAAUUGAAAUACGGUAACCGUGGUCACAAUCAGCCAUGCACUCAUUAUGCUACUGGCCGUUGCUACAUCACUUCUCAAAAUCAUGGAUACGCAGUUGAUCCAGAUUCACUUCCAGCUGAUUGGAAGGCACUUUUCACGAAUGAGAAUGACAAGACCAACGAAGGAAUUGUGCACUCGUCUAAACCAUUUUUCAGUGUUCAAUUCCAUCCAGAACACACUGCCGGGCCAACUGAUUGCGAGUUUUUGUUCGAUGUUUUUGCUGAUUCUGUGAGACAAGCAAAGAGUGGCACAUUCAUGAAUGUCGAUCAAGAGCUCACUCGUCUUAUGACUUUCACUCCCAUCUAUCAUGCCAAAGAACAGAGAAAAGUUCUCGUUCUCGGAUCAGGCGGUCUCACUAUUGGUCAAGCUGGAGAGUUUGAUUAUUCUGGGGCUCAAGCUCUGAAGGCAUUGAGAGAAGAAGGAAUUCGAACAGUUCUCAUCAACCCAAACAUUGCUACAGUUCAAACCUCCAAAGGCUUUGCUGAUUUCACUUACUUCCUUCCAAUCACUAAAGAAUACGUUACCGAUGUGAUCAAGAAGGAGCGACCAACUGGAAUCUUGUGUACCUUUGGAGGUCAAACUGCUCUCAACUGCGCCAUCGACUUGUAUAAAGAUGGAAUUUUUGAGCAAUACGAUGUGCAGGUUCUUGGAACUCAAAUCAACACAAUUAUGAAAACAGAAGAUCGCGAUUUGUUCAAUCAAGAAAUUUCGGCUAUUGGAGAAAAGGUUGCACCAAGUAAAGCAGCGACGACCAUGGAAGGUGCCAUUGAAGCAGCUGAAGAGUUGGGUUAUCCAGUUCUUGUCAGAGCCGCAUAUGCUCUUGGUGGACUUGGAUCAGGAUUCGCUGACAACCGGGAAGAGCUCAUUGCAAUUGCUCAACAAGCUUUAGCACACUCAAAUCAGGUUCUUGUUGAUAAGAGUUUGAAAGGAUGGAAGGAAGUGGAAUAUGAAGUUGUUCGGGACGCUUACGAUAAUUGUAUUACCGUUUGCAACAUGGAAAAUGUGGAUCCACUUGGAAUUCAUACUGGUGAAAGUGUUGUUGUUGCACCAUCUCAAACUCUUUCUGACAGAGAAUACAAUGCUCUUAGAACAUGUGCAAUCAAAGUUAUUCGGCACUUGGGAAUUAUUGGAGAGUGUAAUAUUCAAUACGCUCUGGAUCCGUAUUCCUUGACUUAUUACAUUAUCGAAGUCAAUGCACGACUUUCUCGUUCUUCUGCUCUUGCCUCAAAAGCCACCGGAUACCCAUUGGCAUAUGUUGCUGCAAAGUUGGCAUUGGGACAACAUCUGCCAGUCAUCCGAAAUAGUGUCACUGGAACCACAACUGCAUGCUUUGAGCCAAGUUUGGACUAUUGUGUUGUGAAGAUUCCUCGUUGGGAUCUUGGAAAAUUCGCUCGUGUCAGCACACAAAUUGGAAGCUCUAUGAAAUCAGUUGGAGAAGUCAUGGGAAUCGGGAGAUGCUUUGAAGAGGCUCUUCAGAAGGCGUUGAGAAUGGUGUCCGAUCAUGCUGACGGUUUCUCUCCAUACACAUUCAGUCGUCCUACAACAGCUGAUGAUCUUUCAAAGCCUACAGAUAAGAGAAUGUUUGCAUUGGCACGUGGAAUGUAUUAUGGAGACUUUGAUGUUGAAAAAGCUCACGAGCUGACACGUAUUGAUCGUUGGUUCUUGUUCAGAAUGCAGAACAUCGUUGAUAUUUACCAUCGCCUCGAAAAGACUGACGUCAAUACAGUAUCUGCUGAACUGCUCCUGGAGGCGAAACAAGCAGGAUUCUCCGACAGACAAAUAGCAAAGAAAAUCGGAAGCAACGAAUACACAGUUCGCGAAGCUCGUUUCGUCAAAGGAAUCACUCCUUGCGUGAAGCAAAUUGACACAGUUGCUGGAGAAUGGCCUGCUCAGACAAACUACCUCUACACAACAUUCAAUGGAAUAGAGAAUGAUGUUUCAUUCAAUAUGAAGAACGCUGUGAUGGUUCUCGGAUCAGGAGUAUACCGAAUCGGUUCUUCAGUUGAAUUUGAUUCUUCUUGCGUUGGAUGCAUCAGAGAGUUGAAGGCUUUGGGAUACUCUACAAUCACCGUCAAUUGCAAUCCUGAAACUGUUUCUACGGAUUAUGAUAUUUGUGAUCGAUUGUAUUUUGAAGAGAUUUCUUUUGAAACCGUUCUCGACGUUUAUCAUUUGGAAAAACCAAAGGGAGUGAUUCUGGCAUUUGGAGGUCAAGCACCGAAUAACAUUGCGAUGAGCUUGAGCAGAGCUCAGGUGAAGAUCUUUGGAACUUCACCAAACGACAUUGAUAACGCAGAAGAUAGAUUCAAGUUCUCAAGAAAAUUGGAAUCUUUGAAAAUCAGCCAGCCACAAUGGAAGAAAAGCGAAAAUAUGGAAGAUGCUAAGAACUUCUGUGCUCAAGUUGGAUAUCCAUGCUUGAUCCGUCCUUCAUAUGUUUUAUCUGGUGCAGCAAUGAAUGUGGCUCACAACGCUGAAGACUUGGAAGUCUUUCUCAAGCAAGCUGCUGUGGUCGCCAAGGAGCAUCCAGUUGUUGUGAGCAAAUUUAUCAAUGAAGCGAAGGAAUUGGAUGUAGAUGCAGUUGCCCUUGAUGGAAAACUCGUUGUAAUGGCUGUCAGUGAACAUAUUGAAAAUGCAGGUGUUCAUUCGGGAGAUGCUACUCUUGUCACUCCAGCUCAGGAUAUGAACAAACUGACAUUGGAUAGAAUCAAGGAUAUCACUUUCAGAAUCGCUGAAGCAUUUAAUGUCAACGGACCUUUCAAUAUGCAGCUCAUUGCUAAAAAUAACGAACUCAAAGUUAUUGAAUGCAACUUGCGAGUAUCCAGAUCAUUCCCGUUCGUCUCAAAAACUCUCGAUUACGAUUUUGUGGCUUUGGCUACUCGUGCAAUGAUGGCUUCAGAUUCACCUGCAAUUCGAGCUACAAUCAAACCAACAGCCACCUUGCUCAAAGGAAAGGGAAGAGUCGGAGUGAAGGUUCCUCAAUUCUCUUUCUCAAGACUCGCUGGUGCCGAUGUGAUGCUUGGUGUCGAGAUGGCUUCAACUGGAGAAGUUGCUUGCUUCGGAACUUCAAGAUGCGAUGCCUACCUCAAAGCUUUACUCUCCACUGGUUUCGUUGUUCCAAAACAAAAUAUUUUCAUUUCCAUUGGAGGAUAUCACGCGAAGGCUGAGAUGCUCAAGUCUGUAGAAGCAUUGCUGAAGUUGGGAUACGAAUUGUAUGGAUCCAAAGGAACUGCCGACUAUUUCCAAUCGAAUAAGAUCAAUGUGAAGCCAGUCGAUUGGCCUUUUGAAGAAGGAUCGUCCGAUGAGAAAACUGCAAGUGGAACAAGAUCUGUAGUUGAAUUCCUCGAGAACAAAGAAUUCCACUUGGUCAUCAACCUACCGAUUCGUGGAUCAGGAGCAUACCGAGUCUCUGCCUUCCGCACUCAUGGUUACAAGACGAGAAGGAUGGCAAUUGACAAUGGAAUUCCCUUGAUAACUGAUAUUAAGUGUGCUAAGACCUUCAUUCAAGCCCUUGAAAUGGUUGGAAAACGUCCAACUAUGAAUUCAUUGGUCGAUUGUGUGACUUCCAAGAGUUUGAAGCGUUUGCCAGGAAUGGUUGAUAUUCAUGUACAUGUUAGAGAACCAGGAGCAACACACAAAGAAGAUUGGGCAACUUGUUCAAAGGCUGCACUAGCUGGAGGUGUUACUACAAUUUUGGCAAUGCCAAACACUUCUCCUGUUCUUGUGGAUACUGAUUCCUUCUAUCAAACGGAACAGUUGGCUUCUGCAAAAUCGGUCGUCGACUACGCCCUCUACAUCGGAGCUACUCCAAACAAUUCGAAGUUUGCAGCGGAGUUUGCUGACAAAGCCGCUGGCUUGAAGAUGUAUCUCAAUGAGACAUUCAGUACUCUGAAGAUGGAUAAUAUUUCAGACUGGGCUAAGCACCUGAGUGCCUUCCCUGCUAAUCGUCCGAUCGUCUGUCACGCCGAGAAGCAAACACUUGCCGCCAUUCUUUGUAUGGCUCAGAUGGCGAAUAGAGCAGUUCACAUUGCCCACGUCGCUACGGCUGAUGAGAUUAAUCUCGUCAAGGAAGCUAAACAAAGAGGAUGGAAUGUUACCUGUGAAGUCUGCCCACAUCAUCUUUUCCUCAUUGAAGAAGAUCUUCCUGAUGGAAUUCGUGAAGUUCGUCCACGUCUCGUAAAACCAGAAGAUCGUCAGGCUCUUUGGGACAACAUGGAAUACAUUGAUUGUUUUGCAACUGAUCAUGCACCUCAUACGUGGGCUGAGAAGACUGGAAAAGAUGGGAAAAUUCCACCAGGCUUCCCUGGAGUUGAGUACAUGCUCCCACUUCUUCUUACAGCUGUGCAUGAUGGUAAAUUGACCAUGAAGGAACUCACUGAUCGUAUGUCCACCAAUCCUCGUCGAAUUUUCAACUUGCCUCCACAAGAUGAUACCUACAUUGAGGUUGAUUUGAACGAAGAAUGGACAAUUCCAGAGAAUGGAGGACAGAGCAAAGCUGGAUGGACUCCAUUUGCUGGUAGAAAAGUGUUUGGAAAAGUGCACAAUGUGAUCAUCAGAGGAGAAGAAGCUGUUAUUGAUGGAAGAAUCGUUGCAAUUCCAGGAUUCGGAAAGAAUGUCCGUCUUUAUCCACACUCUGGAACUGCUCAUCGUGGAGAUUCAGACUUCGAUCAAAUCUUGGAACCAAUUCCUCAACAAAUGAUUGAAAGUUCUUCAGAUGAACAAAGUCCACUUCAUACUCCACCUAGAGCUCAUACGCCGAUUGCAUUCCCUGGAGAGCUUCUUGCCAAGAAUUGUAUCAGUGUGAAGCAUCUUGAUAAGGGCCAGAUCAAUCGUAUUUUCGAGUUGGCGGACCGAUACAAGCACGAUGUCGAAAAGGGCCACCCAUUGACACAUAUUCUGAAUGGAAAAGUAUUGGUCAAUCUAUUCUACGAAGUGUCAACAAGAACAUCUUGCUCGUUCUCUGCAGCCAUGCAACGUCUUGGAGGAUCUGUCAUCUCUGUUGAUAGUCAAUCAUCUUCAGUUCAAAAGGGAGAAACUUUGGAAGACACAGUGCAGGUUUUGGGAAGUUACGGAGAUAUUCUGGUUCUGAGAAGUAAUGAGAAUGGAGCUGCUGAUAGAGCUGCUCGAGUUUGCGAUCAACCGGUCAUCAAUGGAGGUGAUGGAACUGGUGAACAUCCAACUCAAGCUCUUCUCGAUGUGUACACUAUUCGACAAGAAAUGGGAACAGUCAAUGGACUUACCAUCGCUUUGGUUGGAGAUUUGAAGAAUGGAAGAACGGUUCACUCAUUGGCUAAACUUUUAUGUUUGUAUAAGGACAUCACCCUUCACUACGUUGCUCCGAGUACCGAACUUGAAAUGCCACAGGAAGUCUUGGACUACGUCUCGUCGAAGUCGAAUUUUGUUCAGAAGAAGUUCACCAGUCUGGCUGAAGGAAUCAAUCAUGUCGACGUUGUCUACGUGACAAGAAUUCAAAAAGAACGAUUCUCAUCUCCAGAUGAAUACAAUAAGGUGAAAGGAAGCUACGUAAUCAAUGCGAAACUUCUCAAUGAGGCCGCCAGAGAUGUCGAGGAACCAUCGAGUCUGUUGGUUCCAGCUCGUUCUCUUCCAAUCGUCAUGCAUCCAUUGCCUCGUGUGGAUGAGAUUGCUGUUGAACUGGAUCAUGAUGAAAGAGCCGCCUACUUCAGACAAGCAAAGAAUGGGGUCUUCGUUCGUAUGUCUAUUCUAUCCCUUCUUCUUGGAAGAGGGCAUCUUUAAAUUUAUUGCUAAUCAGUUCAUUUAUUUUGUUUUCAAAAGUUGAUCACUUUCCUUUGAUUGUUCUUACUCUUAAAUUAACAUUGUUUUCGCUCAUCUUAAUCAUCUGUUGUGUUUGUUCAUAUAGUCACCUUCAUCCCAACCCCUACUAUUGCAAUAUUUCUUUUGUUUUAUCCUUUUUUUUCACUUUUAUUUCAGGCUUCUCAGUUUCUGUUCACCCGCCCCUGCCUUAAUUUUCCUUCCGAGUUUUCAUUAUUUACUUUUUUGUUCCAUUGUUCAAAUUUUCAUCAAGUUUUCUUUAUUUUUAAAUAC